AUGGGCAGGUUUGAGAAGACCGAGGCAUUUCAUUUCGCCUGCAGAAUGGACGAGUUGCAGGAAGAGGAAGCUACGGACAAAUUGGAACUUGGAAGAAACCGACUUUAG